AUGGGCGGCGCCUCUGACGUCAGCGCGUGAUGUGGUUCCGCGGGCGGGAGUUCGGCGCGGCCUUUCCCUCGCGACAGCGGCUGACGAGAAGCAGCACCGCGGGAACGGCUCGUCUUCGGUAUUAGGCUCUGCCUCGACUCUCCCGUCAGGAUGGAGCUGAUCACUAUCCUCGAGAAAACCGUGUCUCCAGAUCGGAAUGAGCUGGAGGCGGCGCAGAAGUUCCUGGAGCAGGCGGCCAUCGAGAACCUGCCGACGUUCCUGGUGGAGCUGUCCAAGGUGUUGGCCAACCCCGGGAACACGCAGGUGGCGCGAGUGGCCGCCGGGCUGCAGGUCAAGAACUCGCUGACCUCCAAGGACCCGGAUGUGAAGACGCAGCACCAGCAGAGAUGGCUGGCCAUCGACGGCAGCGCCCGCAGAGAGAUCAAAAACUACGUGCUGCAGACUCUGGGAACAGAGACCUAUCGGCCCAGCUCGGCCUCUCAGUGUGUGGCUGGCAUCGCCUGUGCCGAGAUCCCCGUCAAUCAGUGGCCCGAGCUCAUCCCUCAGCUGGUGGCCAACGUGACGGACCCCAGCAGCACAGAGCACAUGAAGGAGUCCACGCUGGAGGCCAUCGGAUACAUCUGCCAGGACAUCGACCCCGAGCACCUCCAGGACAACGCCAACCAGAUCCUGACAGCCAUCAUCCAGGGCAUGAGGAAGGAGGAGCCCAGCAACAACGUCAAGCUCGCCGCCACCAACGCGCUCCUCAACUCACUGGAGUUCACCAAAGCCAACUUCGACAAGGAGACGGAGAGACACUUCAUCAUGCAGGUCGUGUGUGAGGCCACGCAGUGUCCAGACACCAGGGUGAGAGUGGCUGCGUUACAGAACCUGGUGAAGAUCAUGUCCUUGUAUUACCAGUACAUGGAGACCUACAUGGGCCCGGCGCUGUUUGCGAUCACAAUAGAGGCCAUGAAGAGUGACAUCGAUGAAGUGGCCUUGCAGGGAAUCGAGUUCUGGUCCAACGUCUGUGACGAGGAGAUGGAUCUGGCCAUUGAAGCCACUGAGGCCUCUGAACAGGGCCGUCCUCCAGAGCACACCAGCAAGUUUUACGCUAAAGGAGCUCUGCAGUACCUGGUGCCCAUCCUGACACAGACGCUCACCAAACAGGAUGAGAACGACGACGAUGACGACUGGAACCCGUGUAAGGCUGCAGGCGUGUGUCUGAUGCUCCUGGCCACGUGCUGCGAGGACGACGUGGUGCCGCAUGUGCUGCCCUUCAUCAAAGAGCACAUCAAGCACCCGGACUGGCGCUACCGCGACGCCUCCGUCAUGGCCUUCGGCUCCAUCCUGGAGGGCCCCGAGCUCAGCCAGCUCAAGCCGCUGGUGAUCCAGGCCAUGCCCACCCUCAUCGAGCUGAUGAAGGACCCCAGUGUGGUGGUGAGGGACACCACGGCCUGGACGCUAGGACGCAUCUGUGAUCUGCUGCCCGAGGCCGCCAUCAAUGAGGUGUAUCUGGCCCCUCUGCUGCAGUGCCUGAUCGAGGGCCUUGGGGCCGAACCCCGCGUGGCCUCCAACGUCUGCUGGGCUUUCUCCAGUUUGGCUGAAGCGGCGUACGAGGCCACAGAUGCUGCUGACGAUGAGGAGGAGCCCAGCACAUACUGCCUGUCCUCCUCCUUUGAGCUCAUUGUCCAGAAACUGCUGGAGACCACAGACAGGCCAGACGGGCAUCAGAAUAACCUGCGGAGUGCAGCGUAUGAGGCGCUGAUGGAGAUCGUGAAGAACAGCGCCAAGGACUGUUACCCCGCGGUGCAGAAGACCACGCUGGUCAUCAUGGAGCGACUGCAGCGGGUCCUGCAGAUGGAGUCUCACAUCCAGAGUACCUCAGACAGGAUCCAGUUCAACGACCUGCAGUCCCUGCUGUGUGCCACCCUACAGAACGUGCUGAGGAAGGUGCAGCAUCAGGACGCGCUGCAGAUCUCUGAUGUGGUGAUGGCGUCUCUGCUGCGCAUGUUUCAGAGCACCGCUGGCUCCGGAGGCGUUCAGGAGGACGCUCUCAUGGCUGUCAGCACUCUGGUGGAAGUUUUGGGCAGUGAUUUCUUGAAGUACAUGGAAGCCUUCAAGCCUUUCCUGGUUAUCGGCCUGAAGAAUUUUGCGGAGUACCAGGUGUGUCUGGCUGCGGUGGGGCUGGUGUGUGAUCUGUGCCGAGCGCUGAUGGCCAACAUCCUUCCUCACUGUGAUGAAAUCAUGCAGCUGCUGCUGGAGAACCUGGGCAACGAGAAUGUGCACCGGUCUGUGAAGCCCCAGAUCCUGUCUGUGUUUGGCGAUAUUGCUCUUGCCAUUGGUGGUGAAUUCAAGAAGUACCUGGACAUUGUGCUGGACACUCUGCAGCAGGCCUCGCAGGCACAGGUGGACAAGACGGACUAUGAUAUGGUGGAUUAUCUGAACGAGCUGCGAGAGGGCUGUCUAGAGGCCUACACUGGGAUCAUCCAGGGCUUGAAGGGAGACCAGGAGAAUGUGCACCCCGAUGUAAUGCUGGUACAGCCUCGUGUUGAGUUCAUCUUGUCGUUCAUUCACCACAUCGCUGAGGAUGAAGACCGAUCCGACGGAGUGGUGGCCAAUGCUGUCGGACUCAUAGGUGACCUGUGUACAACCUUUGGCAAAGACGUGAUGAAGCUGGUGGAGGUUCGACCUCAGAUCAACGAUCUGCUGUCUGAAGGCCGGAGGUCCAAGACCAGCAAGACCAAGACCUUAGCCACAUGGGCCACGAAGGAGCUCCGCAAGCUGAAGAGCCAAGCUUGAUUACCGGCCGUGGAGCUUCUACCAAGAAUAAUGGAAAUCAAACCCACUGAGGUUUCUUCGGUCUUUUACACAUAGACGUCAAAGCAGAAGUGACGUGUGCGCUGAGAUGAGUGUCUGAGAAUGAGUGAGAAAGAGGGAGAGAGAGAGAG